UCCCACAUCCUUCAAUCUGCACUCCACGCCUGCAGUGCGACGUCACUUACUGCGUGUUUCCCUCUCCCGGGGUGCGUAGGUUUCACCGGCUUACUCGCAGACACAAUGAAACAAGGGGCAAUGUAGGACACCACGUUGGGGAUUGGAGCAAAGCGUCUCGGUUGCAUUUUUCAGCUUUUAACUGAACAUCUUUCGGUCUUGAUAUUUGAAAACAAGUCAGUAUUUGUUGCUGGCGACGUUGGAUAGCUAAGGCUAAGGUUACUGGGCAACCAUUGGGGAAAUCGUUGAAAGGAUCAGCGCUAUCGAGGAAACGAGGCGAACCUCUCCUGGCCUUUUGUUUGAUAAAUUUACAAUGUCAGUGUUUGCUUAUUCGGAUUAUUUUGCUGCCGAAUGUCUGGUGUCGAUUUCCAGUGGCCCUGUCCUCCAUCGACCCACCCCGGUGGCUGCAGCUACCCAGGCCCCUCCUCAGGGCCUUCCUCCCGGGGAGCCAGACGGGUCAAACGAGGACAUGGAGGUACGAGAGACCCUGAAACUGGAGGGGGCAAAUAUGAUGUCGGUGGCAGAAAUUCUAACGGAUCUCCACGGUAAAUUCCGGCCAAUGUCGGCCUAUUCGGAUAGCAGCAAUUCGUCGUGCGGAGAGAGCGGCUACACCACGUUGUCCGACUCAACCACUCCUACCCCAACCAUGACCCCCUCUGGCACCCCAGUCCCAGGACAGUACAAUACCUCACAACAGAUCUUAGGGGGUGCACCGCGCUCGCCCACCAAGCGUCACCCAUGUACUUUCGACGGUUGUGAUCGGGUGUAUGGCAAAUCUUCUCAUCUGAAAGCGCACAUCAGAACCCACACAGGUGAGAGACCAUUUCCGUGCACCUGGCCCGACUGCGAGAAGAAGUUUGCUCGGUCAGACGAACUGGCACGCCACACCCGCACCCACACAGGUGAAAAGCGCUUCCUGUGCCCGCUCUGCGACAAGCGCUUCAUGCGCAGUGACCACCUCAACAAGCACGCCCGCCGCCACCCCGGCUUCCAACCCUCCAUGAUCGUCCGCAAGGCUUCGGCACAAGGAGCCUCUGCUGGGCCCACGGAGCUUCAGUGAAACCCUCAGGUCUGGCCCGGAUGGGUCCCACAGGGGCAGGGGGGGAGGCAGCCACACACCCUCAAUCAAACCAGCUCAUUCAGGCUGCCAUUCUCUGCUAGGCUUUCCUGGGCCUUGUCCUCGUCCACGAUGCAACCAACCACUUAUGCUAUACAACACAGAGCCUCAUAACUUUUGAUGUUUCUUUGAAUCCGAACACUCACAGCUGCAGGGAUCGUUUGUGCUCCUUCAGUCCCCACACAUGCCAUGGGCUAAUACAAAAAGUUUUGUUUAGAGAGAACAAGUGUGCGUGUGUGUGUGUGUGCGUGCGUGCUCUCUUGGUUUAUGCCCUUCCACAACCAACAUGUGUACAGUCUAGUUGUAGGAUUGGGGAAGCCUCACGGUGCUCUGUAUAUUACCAAUUAUCCAUUCCCAUAUAUUUGGUCUUUGUGAUAUUGUGUUAUACAUGUCUGAUAAGUGAGAACUUACACACUUAGAAGCACAUCCAGUAGUUGUCUAAUCUUAAUGACAGCAGACCAUGAAGCAUUUGGCAGUGACACAAAAUGCUUUUUUUUUUUUUUUUUAAUCACGUUCUAUGCAGGGCAUUUGUGGUAGACAUAUUAAUUCCUGGCUGUGCUUGACGCUCUCGUAAAACCCGUGAUGGUGUUUUACCGGGUGUGUGACUGCUGUCAAAGCUGAAGGGUCACCACAGUGUAGUAUUCAAUGAUGUAUCCCCCUUUUUCCACAUCCCACAUUCCAUAGUCAUUAGUUAUGCGUCUUGCACUCUUAGUGUUGUCCCCUGUUGUUCUUUCUGCCAGCUUACUGACCAAGUUGAAGCUUGGUGUACUCCUGCACUGGAACACCUGAAUAAGAAAGGUGCUCACUUCCGCAUGCUAGCUACACAGUUAGCUUAGCAAUAUUGGCAGGGCUGCCUGAGUCCUCUUUGGUUUACAAGGUGGUCGCAGCCCCAAAUGGUGAGCGCAGCUUUGCUAUGUUUAUGAGCAGUGGAUGCACACAUCCACUCAAGCUGUAAACACAUUUGGCCAUUACAUAUAGUGUCCACUAAAGGGGGGCCUCUUGAGGCCUAAAAUAAGCUUAGCUUAAAGGUGAGAUGGGGAAACGCUGUAUAUCUAUGUAUUCUCUUUUUCCACUGCAAAACUUUUUGACUUAAAUGAUUGCUAUUUACAUUAAUUCUAUUUUCAAUAAUAAUAUUUCUUGAGUUCCAGUCAACACUUUGGACCUUUAGCACCAAAAAAAUGGUUCGGAGUGGUGGGUUAAUUUUCCUAGUGUAGAGGAACUUUUUGUUUCUAAGAACCAUGAAGUGUUGACACGUUGGCACAUGGUGUAGCACUGUGUCAAAUGGUGAUGCAAUUAUAUAUAAAUAUAUACAUCACCACAUAUAUAUACACACUUAAAGCUGCAACAGUAGAGAUGUUAUCAGAAAUACUACACGGAGUAAAAUCUGUUGAUGAGCUAUAGUCCUUAUAUUAGGGGUGACAGAGUAUACACUUAGUUAGGAUAGCGCUGCUUGUGUAUAUGUGCGUGUGUGUCUGUGUGUGUACGUCCCCAUUUCUUUCAUUUGCUAGAGAUAAAGGGGAGAACAAUCUACUUUCUGCACAGGCCAGUCUGUAAACUUACAUUAUCUCAGAGAAUGAAACACAUCAGGAAAACUCAGAAAGCCUUAAACUAUUUCAUAACUUAAUUUGCACCAUUGUUUACAGGUUAACAUUUUUCUACAGAUGUAUAAGCCACACGGCACAACACAACUAAAGAUAUACACAUAUGCAAGAUUGCACUUUUCUUAUUAGUGUUUGUUUAUAAAUGCUAUUUGCCUGCUAGUGUGAUAGGUUACACUGUUUAAACGUGCUUCUACAAAUGAACACUGUGGAAAUGGACUGAGAUCUAUCACAAUAAACCAAUGCUUAUCCUGUAAAUGCACCUAUGUCCAAGUGCUUAGACAAGCGCAAGAAAGGACAAAGGAAUCUGGACUUGAUUGUUGAAUUUAGAGUUUAUUGUUCGGUUGGUUUUUAAGUGUAGUGUCAGGUCAUAAUAUUAUUAAAAAAAAAAAUCUCCAGAUAUUUUCAGGAAUCUGUCUUUAAGACAUUCUUUGAACACACAUUUACAAAGGGUUACAUGAGUUUGGCCACCAAAGCAGGAUCUCAUUGCUGACUGAUGAAGCCUGAAGAGGGCAGUACACACACUGUCUGCCAAAAGUCUUCCCGCUUGUGCUCUGGUCUUACCUGAUACUGCAACAGUAGGUUGUAUUUGAUCACUGUUUCUCCAGUUACAACUGUAUCUGCUUAACUUGAAAGCACGUUGCUUCGUGUCGAUGCGUAAUGAUGUACAGCAGUCUGCAGACUGCUUCAGAUAACUGCUGGCAGUUAUUUAGAAUUAAAUGGCGAAUGCCCUUUGUGGAAACAAGCAACAAACCAAACCAGACCUAUUUAAUUUGUAAUGUGUGCAUUUUUAUUCCCAAAAUGAUUUUUACAAAGGUUGUCAUGGAUACAUGUGCAUCAAAGAACCACCCUUUGUCAUUCAUCUAAUUUGUUGAAUUUCUUUUUCCCCACUGUUGUCACAUUCCCCCUGAGGUUUUGUAUUUGUAACACCUCUCAGUUUAUGUAUGGGGAGAGACUGUUAGCAUUGUAUCCAUUCAGGACCUUCAUGAUGUUUACAACAUAUUAUCAAUGACCAAGAUCAUGCUCAGUUUUAAACCAAUGUCUACAACAUAUUUCACUGAAUAAGGUAUGUCCAACAAUGAAAUAGACUCUUUUCAGAGUAAGAAGAGCCUUACAAACAGCUCUACACAUGGUCAUAUCCUUCCUGUUUUGUGUUUUUGUUUUGUACAGUGCUUUAAUAACAUUGAGUAUAGGCUUAGUUUAGGCCCUGCUAGGGGUGUAUGGUAUGGCUUAUAAUGCUGAAUACCUCAAAAGGUAGACCUUAAUUUACAGACGAUGAAAGAUUUUAAGUAGGUUGAAUUUUCACCAGCAUGGAAAGGUAGUACCAUGUAAAUGGUAUAGGAAUGGUAUGUGCCCUGAUAGCAGCGGUAGACUGGAUAGUUCAGAAAAGGCUGUCCCCUGCUAGUGAUCAAUCUCUGACUUAGUAGUUCAGUUUUGAGUCAGAGAGGCAAUAAUCAACUAUGCCUAAGCAGAUCUCUCUGAAAGUUUGGACACAAUUCAGAGGUUGUGACCUGGGAUGACUAAUGUUGUUGGGCUUUGAUGUUGUCCAGCCUACCCAGAAUGCUUUACUUCUCUUCACUUGGCACUAUGGAACUCGUGCUCACCCCUGAGUCUUGAGUAUCCUUUGGAAACAGUGAUGGUCUUUUUGGUCAAGGUCGAUAACUACACUAAACAAUUAUUUUGUAUCCUCUAACAGAGGAUUGUGGACCUAAAUACUGAAUCUGCUCAGGUGUUAAAAAAUGAAAGCAAAAUUAUUUUAAAAAGUUUGUCAUGCAGCACCUAAGUAAAAGCAUUUUUUGUUUCUUUGUAUUCUUUUGGAUUAAUUUAUUACCUCCUAUUAUUUGUGUGAUUUUAAGUAUUUUUUUUAAUAGCUUAUGUUGUGGUAUCAAACAGUACUAAUAAUCGAUUUUUUUGCCUCAAACAAAACUGCCAGUGCUUUUUAAAUAAUAAAUAAAAAUAUUAAGAUUCAAUUCAAAA